UUCAACGAUGGCUGUGACGCUGCUUCUUGUCGUUCAUUUCUUGCCCUCGUAUUACACGGUAUCCCUAAUACUAAUAAUGCUUUUAUGUUCUCGGCUGAAAUUGAACUUUUUUCUUUUUCUUUUUUGCUUCGUAUAAGUAUAGUAGAGCUUUGCUUUUGAUUUUUUGGCUCAUGCAUUUUUCAUAUUAUAUACUGCGUCAAAGAGAAAUAAUUCGAGAGAACACUUUGAAGAGAGUCUGGUUAAAUUAGUGGUGUAAUAAGCUUUUGCGAUUUGAAAUCACCUUUUUCGUGUUCAAUUUCAUACAUAAAUUCAUAAAAUCUGAAAUAUAAUAUCGCGAAUGGAAUAAAAGGGCUGAAUACAAAUUUUCGCGUUCCGCGUCCGGGAAUAUAACAUAUAAGGUCGGUUCGUUUCGUCUUUAGAACAUUAUAGUUCGAUUUCAAGCGCGCGAUUAUGAUUUGUUAAAUGAGGACGAUUUUACCAUUAUUAACAACACUUUCUCUCUGCGUUUUCUUCGGGCUAAUUCAUCCUCGGCUGCACGCCAAGUAGUUUUUGGGAGGGAGUGAGAAAGCGCGGGAGGGGGGGAAGGACCCAGAUGUGCUGCAGGCAGAGGGCUCGGGUGCUGAGGUCCUAAUAAGGAUUAGUGCGCUUGGGAAAAUCCCUGCGCACGUUUUAUGACGGGUGGCAAAAAGGAUCGUAAAGGGAGUAAAAGUGCGUCUCUCGGAUUCGUGCGGAAAAACAUCGAGGAAAGAUUGUCAGUUAUAUUAGAAACUUGAUUUUAUUCUUUUAUUUUGAAUAUUCGCGCUUCUAGUGUGGCGGACGGUAUAUUUAUACGUAUAUAACAGAAUAGUCAAAGUGGCUCUAUCUAGCGGAGAAUGCGGAAUUAUACCUGUUGUCAAAUUUGGCGCCAACUACGAGAGUACAGCUCCAAUUGUAUAUUUUGACGUGCAAACAACCGAGGUUUUGUGAUUCUCUUUUUCAUCGACAAUUUUGUCCCCGAACUGCUAUAACUCGUUCAUGAUUUCCACAGACGGGAAGAACUUCCGUGUCUGAAGUGCACGAUGCCGAGCGUAUCCUUGAAUGUGAAGAGUCGAAUAAGCAAUGUCAUCAAGAAAUUCAAAUUUGAAGAUUUGGAAUCAGCCGUGCUACCAUGUUUUCCUGAACUUUCGUGGGAGCAAAUAAAAGCAAAGCUAGUGAAAAACCACGAUAGUCUGACGACGCCUCAUGCCCUUAGGAUAAUCGAGGAAGAAAUUGCAAAGAAAAAACUAUCAGAAAGCAUUUUAAAGACUCGAUUAGCAACGCUAGAAGUUAUUGACGUGAGUAUACAUUACAAGAGAAAAGUUUGGUACACCUACGAAUUCAAGAGCAGAAAUGAAAACAGAGAUAAUCCAGAGAACAUGUCUCUUGAGGAAAUUGAAGAUAAAAUAAUGCAGAGCUUUGAUGUGUAUCAAAUGGAAAUGGAGGUGCAAGCUGUAGAGCACGAGGACAUUGUAUUUUUAUCUAUUAAGGAUAAACCAAAGAAGAAGAAAAUUAAGAACAUUUUACCAACAUAUUUCUCUUUGAUAAUGAAUGAAAAUUUUUUUUUCUGCUCAAAGAAAUUGGUUAUGAAAAAUAUACUAAUGGCAGUAGUGGAAGGAAUGGGUUACAAGAGCUGCAAACUAGUGAAACUAACGGGACGGGAUAUUCCUUCUUUAGUACAAAUGUUGUUGACUAAAAAAGAGAAUGGUACCGUGAAAGCACCUUUGCCAUUUCGUCCAGCAGCUCCUGUAUCAACAUCACUUGGACUUGACUUCACGCAACACAAGCAACGAGAAGAAUAUGUAGAUAAGUGUUUUGGAGAAAAUCCGCCAACGUUCGAAGCAUUAAAAGUCAAAAGUUUAGAUCAAAAGUGGAUAGACGAAGAAGCUGCUGAAAAAUUACCGGACGAAGUUAUCUUCACAGGAGUGGAAUUUCGAAGCCAAAGUAUUCCAAACUUUUUAAAAAAUCUCGUGACGCAGAAAGUUCUAACGACGCCACUCCCGUGUUAUGCCGCGAAUAUUCUCCAACUUGGAAGAAACGAUUUUACUGUAAAAGAGAAUCAUUCUUGAAACUAAUGUGAUGAACGUAUCACUUGAAAUCACUGAAGGUGCUGUUUGUAUUAUAUAGUAUUGGUAUUAUUAGCUUAAGUUAUUUAAAUCAAAUAUAUGUACAUAUAUAUUUACCUCUAAAAUAUCACUCAGUGUGUGCUAAAAAUGUUGAAUACUAACUAGUUCAUUCUAUUUUUAUUAUGUUUUGUUAAAUGAAUUUAGCACUGGCACUGGCAAUAUAUUUCUAUUUUUUAAGAAUUGUGUAUUUAAAAUAAACGACCGUUAUUUCAAUUAUUAGAUAAAAAAUAACAUUUUGUAUAAACUAGACUGUGUAAAAAGUAUCAGCAGUUGAUCUGCUUUUUGUCUCAAAUUGUACAUGACAUAUGAUAAGUUGUAAAUUACACUUUUUAUAAAAUAAAAAAGUGCCUUGCACCGGAAGAAAACAAAUGUUAAUUUCUAAAGACUGGUUUUGUAUUUUAGCCAAAAUAAAAACGUAUUAUUUAAGUCACUAAA